GCUCACCACCAAUACUCACCACUCACUACAAAUACUCACUACAAAUACUCACUACAAUUACUCACUACAAUUACUCACUACAAAUACCCUCUCAGAACACUACCAGAAUAAUCACUACCCAAUAUCAAUACUCCCACCAAUACUCCCACCAAUACUCCCACCAAUACUCCCACCAAUACUCCCACCAAUACUCACUACAAAUAAUCACUACAAAUUCCCGCCACCUAUACUCCCACCAACACUCCCACUAAUACCCACUCAAAUACCCACGACCAACAAUUACUUCAAAUACCCACUCCUAUCCUCCCCCACCCCUCCCCAUCACUCCCAAUGAUCCCGACUGCCACCACCCCGGCCUGCGCGCCUGCACACACGCACGCGCCCUGAACACGCAACUCCCGCCCCGGCCCCCUCCAACCUCUCUCUUCCUCCCCCCAAAACUCCCGCCUCGCCCCUGAUCAUGGCCUGGGUCGCGUCGCCGCCAUCGGCCACCGUGCCGCUCGCACUCGCGCCGCCGCUCGUGCCGCUCGUGCCGCUCCCCCACACGCGGGCCGUGGCGCUCGUCUCGGCGUCGGCCAUGGCCAUCUACGACGGCCCGACGCUCCUUCCCCUCGCGCUCCACACGCGCCCCGCGCAGUGUGUGGCCUCCCACGGGCCCGCCGUGGCCGCGCAGGCCUGUGCCGCCGGCAGCGGCGCCUCUGCCGGCGAAGACCCCGCCGCCGUGGCCGUGCACGUGCACGUGCUCACGCGCCGGCACCACGUGCUUGUGUUCCGCGUGGCCGUGGCCCGCGGCAAGGCGCUCUACGAGGUGGUGGCCGCGGCCGCACCGGCCCGCGUGCUCCAGAACGCGCUCCCGCUCGCUGCCGGCGGCGCGUCCCCCACGCUCGGCGCCAUGCUCCGCGCGGCCACGCGUCUGUGGGUCCAGGGCGCCGCGGGCGGCUCGGGCAUGGCCAGCACGGAGCACUUUGCGCACGGCGCGGCGGAUGACGCGCAACGCGGCUCGCACGUGCCGCUCGCCCGGGCGGCGCUUGUCCAGAUCCUCCGUUUCCCGGCGCCGGUGCUCGCGUUCUGGGGCCGCGCCGCGCCGCGCGGCUUGGCCGUGUGCUCCGCCGGGGGGGUGCUUCUGUUCGUGGACGUGCGCACGGGCGCCAGCCGCGUGGUGCGGCUCCGGGACCACGCCUGGUACCGCGGCACCGUGUUGGUGGCGCGGGCCGCGGGCCGCGGCUGUGUCUUGCACGUGGACAAAGCGCUGGAGGUGGCGCUCCUCGAGACGGACGCCGACGACGAUGGCAGCGACGACGCCGACAGCGGCGGCAGCUCGGUGAAGCACACGCCGCUCUUGCGGCUCGACGCGCCGCCGCGCAGCUUGGAGCCCAGCCCUUGCGGCGCCGUGGUGCUCGUGGACACGCCGCGCGGGCUCGGCGUGUAUGUGCUCGGGCCCGCGGACGGCCGCGUGGGCAUGCGCCUCGUGGCCCAAGUGGCGGCAGCGCCGGACGGGCCGCUUGCGCUCGCCUGGCUGCCGUGCGGCGGCUUCUUCCACUGCGUGGCGCGCGGUCGCUGGACGCUCCACGCCCGCUUCGGCGCCGUGCUCUUUGACUCGGCGCAGCUCGCGGCGGACAUGGGCGUGCCGCCCGGCGUUUUCCCUGGGCCCGAUGGGGCCUCUCCGGGGGUGCCCUUUGGCUUGGGCCGUGCCGCGUUCUGUCGCGCCGCCCUCUGUGCCGUGGCCCUCAACGGCCGCGCCUUGUACGUGGUCGACGCUCCCGGUCAUACGCUCUACAAGAUCGACCUUGUGCGCCGUGCAAACGGCCUCUUCGAGGACACCACGUACCUCAGCCGGCUCCAACCCGGCAGCCCCGGCCUGUUCGUCCGCGUGCCCGUGCCGCCGUUCGCCCAGCGCUACCUCGAAGACCUCCAGUGGCCCGCCGCGCCAGACGACGCCCCGCCCGUGUUCACUGCCCGCGUCAACCGGUACGCGCAAAUGUCGCUCGCCCACGGCGCCCUGCUCGCCAUCUCCACGCCCACGCACUUGGGGCUGGACUGCCGCCAAGUCUACUGGUUCCAGUUCUACAACCACCUCGUGGCGCCGCUCAACGUCGUGGACCACAUCUGGAUCGACGGCUACUUGCUUGUGGCCAGCCGCGUCGCGCACGACUCGCUGCGGGUCGACGAGCUCCUUCUCUUGAACACCCCGCCCUCGCGCAACGCCGCGGGCGGCCAGCCGUUCCGCUUCGACAGCGACCUCCUCUUGUGGCGCCACACGUUCAAAAACAGGGUGCUCCGCAUGGUGGUGGCCGGGCACCGCCAGCUUCGCACCUUGGUCUUGGCCACGCAUGACUUCAAGCUCAUCCUCGUGGAUUUCGACAUGGCCGCCGUGGGCCUGGCACGUGCGGCGGGCCCCAGGAUCUCCAUCCGCGUGCGCCGCACCAUCCACUUGUCCAGCAUCCGCCACAAGCUCCACAUCAGUGAUUUGGCGGAUAUGCUCUCCGUCGACAACACGCACUUCUUCUUCUUGUUGCGCAACGGCGACUGCUUCCUCUUGAAAAACCAGGCCCUCGCCCCGGGCGCGUCGCUGGAUGCCCUGCCAAGCCACAUGUAUGACUUGGUCAGGGUGAACUGCGCGGUCGAUAGACUCCAGGUGUGCCCGGUGCUCUUCGCCGGCAACUCGCGCCACCACUAUCUCGCGCUCUACAAAGGCGACAGCGUGCUCCUCUAUGACUUGCGCCAGCUCUUGGACCGGCCCCACGAGUUCGAGGGCGCCGAAAGGAGCGACGUGGCCCAGCUGUUGGGGCCCAUCGAGACGCAGGCGCCGGCGUUCACCCCGGUCCUGGUGCUGCUGUCCGACGGCACCAUCGCCAUUUCGGGCUUCGAGUCCCUGGUGCUUUGGAAAAACGAGAACCUCAUCAUCAAGCACCGGCCCGCCCGCUUGCUGAUCUUGAACAAGCUCGUUCUCCGCGACUUGCUCUCCUCGGACCUCACCAUUCCCCAAAUCAAUGAGAAGUACUCCGGCUUCAACAACUACACUCACUGCCUCGAGCUCUUGCUCUUUGAGCAGUUGGAUUACAUCGACGAUGAGGGCUCUUUUGACAAGGUGUGCGGCGUGAUCAAUGCCCAUAAGGCUGCGGACAGCAUAUACGUCAGUUUCCUACGCAAGAUCGAGGUGCACUUCUGGGACAAGUUCUUCCGCAUCUUGGAACUCACUCCAAUGCAGUUCAUGGCCAAGUUGAUUCGCUCGCAAAAUGUCGAUCUCUGCUACAACUACCUAAACAUCUACCUCAAUUUCAAGAAAGAGCACGAGCGUGCAAGCUCGCCCGAGGACUCGAGCUCCGACAACGAACAGUUGCUCGGUGAAACGGAGCAGGUCACUAUUUUGCAAAUCGUCGCUUUGUUGAAAAAGGACGACAAGUGGGACGAGUGCUUCGAGCUCUGCCGCUUCAUCAAGCUCUUGGAGCCUCUGGGCAGUUUACUAGCCAGAGUGCGCGCGUGUGUUGCAUCUGCGUAGCGGCACAGCGAUCUGGUCUAUUUUAUGGUGCGCGCACGCCCUCACUUUGGCCAAC